GUGCCAGGCGUUGUGGUGCGACAUGGCCAAGACACGGCAUGCAUGCUGCUUUGCAAGGCAACCGCAGCAAGGAAUGCAGUAAGAGUCCGACAAUGUCGGGGACGACGUGCUACUAGAAGCAGCGGCUGAAACACACGACGGUGCCUAUUGGCUACUAGUAGAGCUAGCUGGCUGUGCGAGUGAGGAAAGCUAUUGGGACUUGAGAACUUACCACAACAAAGUCGCAUCCUUAUUACGACGACACAUACAUACAUUACAACAACACACUAUCACACAUUAUAUCAUUCAUUAGACUGCAAAGCUAAAGAGAGCGGCAGAUAGCAAGAUUGUAGUUGACCGUCCGAUCAUGGUGGACUCGGUGGAGAGCACGAAUCUGGGAGAUUACCCUCUGAAGGAUAUCCCUCAUCCUCAUCCGCACGAUGUUUUGUGCGGGAGAGGUGGCGGUUCCAACAAUUGGAUCGGAAAUUCUCAUUGGCGAAUGUUGGUGGCGGCGAACAAGCAGCUUUACGUGACUCUUCCCAAACGUCAAAAAAUGCUGCUGAGUCGAAGUAUCGUUCACGCCGUGAGGAGUCAGAAUCCACCAGGACGCUUUUUGCAGAAAGAUUCCAAAUCAGAUCGUUGGUAUGACAUUGGAGAUCAGCGCGCGCAAGAAAAGACGUCGCAAGCGCUGAGAGAAGGAGCACCGGAGUUGAGGACCAAAUUGAAGGACGACAAGCCACCGGCUAGAAGCACCAGCAAGUCCAGUGUAACUGGAGUACCCCUCGAUUCUCGCAGUGACGAUGGCGCCAAGAGUCCAGCACCGUCCGAACCGGAUGCACCGAGCAAUCCUCCUUCCAGAGCGGCCUCGGGAACGGUGAAUGCGCCUCAACUAGCACAGCAAACAUCCACCACAUCCUCCGUCGGACAGGUUCUGCCUCCUCCGUCGGGACCCGUUACUGCCACUGCUUCGGGACCUAGUCUUCCACCACAAGCACCUUCUUCUAUGCCACCCUCUUCUAUGCCACCUCCUGCCAUGAGACCGCCUCUCCCCACGCCACCAGCCGCUCAGCAGCAAGACUCCAAUCAGACUCGAAAUCAUCAGCAGCAGCAAAAUGGACAACCAUCACCACAACAACAACAGCAGCAGCAACGUCAGGCACAACAACAGCAUCAACAACAGCAGCAGCAGCAGUUCCAGCAACAACAACAGCAAUUCCCACAAGGCAUGCCUGGAAUGAUGCCCAUGAUGCAGAAUGGAAUGGCGCAUAUGAUGCAACCAGGACAGCAAAUGAUGAAUGGGACACCCGUAUACUUUGCUGCUGGACCCAAUAUGAGUCCCAUGCCCAUGUAUCCUACCAUGAUGAUGAACCAGCAAGGAAUGAUGGUACCCGUCAUGUCCAUGGUACCGCCUUCGGCCAUGAUGCAGAAUCAGCAGGGAGGCAACAAUAACAACAAUCAGAACAACAACAACUCCUCGGGCGAUCAGCAUCAUCAAAAGAGCAAGGCCAACGGGAGCAACAACCAUGACAACAACAAAUCCAAGCAGAACCAGUUUCAGCAGUUCGAUCAGAAACUGGACGGACUCGCCCUGCCUCCGGAUGGUCUGGAAGCGGGGGGGCUGAGCUUUGGGUCGGUCGGGUCCAUCAUGAUGACGGAAAACGAAAUGAGCAAGUUACAACAAGGUGGCGGAUAUGGAAAUGGCAUGGGCUUCAACAACGCGGUGGGACAUGGCAAUAACAACAAUAACAACAUCAUGAGUGCUCAACGCCAACAUCAACAGUUCCUACAACAUCAAUACUUACAGCAGCAACAGCAGUUCAUGGAACAGUACCAACAGCAGCAACAACAACUCGCACAGCAUGGACAUAUGCCAUCCAACUUUGGCAAAAUGUCCGAUGACGAUAUGGCAAAGUUCGCGCCGCCACCAGAGGGUGGACUGGAGCCGCAAGGACUUUCGUUCGGAUCCGUCUCGCUCAUGAGCAUAGGAGACGCCAAAUUAGAAGCCACUGGUGUGUCGUUCGGGUCAGCCAUGAGCUUCAACAUGACACCCAAUAUGGUAGAUGGUGGUUUAGACGGUAUUGGAAUGAGCUUUGGUUCCAUGACUCUUGGAACGACAAACGAAGAACCCUACGAUCCUCAGCAGAAUCAACAUAAUAUUAUGCCACCGCCGCCAUCUGGACCCAAGGCAGCCCAGUCGACCGACACACUCCCAACGUUAUUCCAGCAGAAUCGAUCCUCUGUGAACUUGUUGGAUUGCAGCGAUACAGAAUCAGACGACGAAGAACAAAGUGCGCAGCGGAGUCAACACAAAAACUUGGAAUGGGAGAAAAUGAAGUCAUUUGUGCAAAGCGGUGUACCAGAGCCAGUGCCGCUUCCAACCCAAAACUUUCCUUCUUCGUUCGCAAUUCCAAACAUGAGGUUCCAACGAGACGUCUCUCAAAUGUCACAAUUAAGCGCAGGCGAACCAGGCGAGAACAACGAUGCAAACCUACACUCCUUGAUGGCUGCAGCCAUGCCGCCUCCACCGCCAAAGAAGCAAGACGACGAUGGAGAAUGGCAAAAUGCUGAACUGCUCAUGCUCAAGACACAACAGUCGGGUACGAACAACAGCAGGUACGGCGGGCAAAGAUAACAACUGUAGUUGAAUAACACAAUCUUCCAGAAGCACGACGAGAUCGCAUUGUAGCUGCUGCGGAGGGGGGAAUCGGCACAGGCGGCUCGUGUUUGUGUACGUGGUUCUUGAUGUCUGGGAAAGAGGUAAAUGAGUAGCCAGGAGCAGGUUGGCCAUGUUACAUUACCAAACGCUUGCAUGUGCGCUGAGGUCGUGUUGUGGUGGCCAGCAAAACAGAAUGAAACACCGAAAAUGAUAGGGGCAAACAAACGGGUCCGCGUCAGCUGCGCAGCGACGGCUUCCACCGUUUGGGCGAGAGUGUUGGGGAAGUGGCCGCCGUCGGCUACACACCCUGCCGUUGCCUAGUUAGUAGGAACCUUUAGCAGCGCUUACCUUCAAUCUACGAUACCAAUAAAUAUAGCACCGAGGACAGGUAAAGGUUUCCGAGAAUUUUUUGAUGGCUGCUGGUCUCCAAGGUUUGCCAGUUUGUGCGUCUGGGUCCAUUGAUAGUAGCUACUAGGAGCAAUCAUAGCCAGAUAUGCUUUGUUUUGCAAGUGAGUCUAAUUUCAACAUUCUAUAUCGUUCCCUUCUACAAGUUAG